AUGCUACUAUUUCUUUCUCUCUCUUUCUCACUCUGUCUCUCUCUCUCUCUCUUUCUCUUUCAUUCUUACUCUCUCUUUCGCUCUCUUGUCUCGUUCUUUUUUAUUUUACACUCUAUCUCUGUCUGUCUCUCUCUCCCUUUCUUCCUCUCUCUUUUCUUUAUCUCUCCCUUUCACUCUCUCUCUCUCUCUUUCACUUUCUCUCACUUUCACUCUCUCUUUUCAUCUCUCUGUCACUCUCUGUCUUUCUUUAAAUCUCUCUCUCUUUUCUUUGUCUCUCUUCUCUCUCUUUUUCUCUCUCUUUUUCUCUCUCUUUCUAUCUUUCUCUCUCUGUCUCUUUCACUCUCUCUUUCUUUCUCUGUCCCUUUCUCUCUCUCUUUUCUCUCUCACUCCUCUCUCUCUCUCUCUCUCUCUCUCUCAGAUGAUUCUAGAAACGUGAGGAAAAAUGAUGAUAAUCAUUUCAAAAUCUCCUUAUUCUUCAGAAUCUUUCUGUCUGCAGAAACCAAAAAAUGGUCCAAGAACAAAAGUCCUUGCUUGCCUGUCGCUAGUAGAUCUCUUUUCUCUUUCCUUCUCUUCUCGCUUCUUUUCAUAUCUUACUUCUUUCGUUUCUUGUCUAUGUUCUCAGUGACGAAACAAUUGAAGCUGUCGUUUCGUAGCUCUCAAGAUAACGUGUAUCUUUCUUCUAGUUUUGAUACAACUUCUCUUCUCUCGUGCCAAAAUUUACUUCUUUUUUGCGGGAUCGAACGUGAGUCGACUUUUUUUAAUUUGUCUUUCUAUCUAUCUCUCUCUCUUGCUCUCUCUCUCUCUCUCUCUCUCUCUCUCUCUAUCUAUCUAUCUAUCUAUCUAUCUAUCUAUCUAUCUCUCUCUCUAUAUAUAUAUCCAUAUAUAUAA